CAUCGAGGAAGGUUGACGAGCGAGGGAGAGAGCGAGGAAGGGCCGUGGGGCGGAGGACGCGCGGCGAAGAGCGUGCGAUGGGACAUCACGGUGACGCCGCUUCGAGGAUGGGGGGGAGGACCGGGGGCGAAGAUGGUGUCGCCCGCGGGCUGGAUGACGGCGCUGCCGGUGUUCGAGCCGCAUUGGCAAGUCACCAUGGCGCACGGAUUGGCGAGCGGAUGGAUCGAAACCGACGGCGAGCGCGUUGAGUUUAGCGAUUGCCCGGCGUACAGCGAGAAGAAUUGGGGCGGCGCUGGGUUUCCGUUGAAAUGGUGGUGGGUGCAGUGCAACUCGUUCGCGGAUUAUCCCGAUUUGAGCGUAACCGCGACUGGAGGGAACCGAGGCGUCGUCGUGCUCCCGAACGUUCGCGAAGACGUCGGUCUGGUAGGCGUGCACUUCGGCGAUCGAUUUUUUCAAUUCGUUCCCGCGCAGCAAGCGAGCGCCGUUCGAUGGGACGUCGAGUGGGGUCGGUGGAGCGUCACCGCCGUCGGUGAACGAUACGAGUGCUCGAUAGAAGGGACGUGCACGAACGACGACAAAUCCACCGUCAUUCGCGCGCCUUCGGACAGCUUGGACGAGGGUAUGGCGCCGUCGUGCCGCGAGACGUUCACGGGCGUCGUCGUCGUAUCCCUUUGGCGUCUCAACGACCGCGGCGAGCGCGUCGAGACCAUCAUCGACGCCGCUACGAGCGAUACCGCAUGUCUAGAAAUCGGCGGCGGACCUUGGAUCGGACCCUGGCGCUCGGCUGCGGAGAUCCGCUCGCCGCUCGGCCCGCUCAUGGGUUUGCCCGUCGACGUGCGCGCCGUGGCGAGUUUGCUCUCACCCUUCGGCGACGUCCUUCCCGGGCUGUGA